AUGAUCAGCCAGGAUGUCGCGAAUGUUUACGAUAUCGAGGCAGCAGCCGUCCAGGCUAUUGCCUCCUUGUCAGUGUCACAUCAGCAGGUCUACAACGAACAAGUGGACGACUUGCUGAACUCUGAACACCAGAGCGGUAUCGGACACAACCUGAAUGUUCGGGACGGCGGCAUCGUCAAUGGGUUGACGUGGAUUCGAUGCUCGAAGCCCGACGAGAUGCUCGAAGCUUUCACACGAGCUCGAGCCAACGUCGUCUAUGCUGAGACCAAGAUGAACAAGGCUUCCAGCCGGAGCCAUGCGAUCUUCCAGCUUCGCAUCAGCCACUCGGUCUUGUGA